AUGUCAGAGCUAAUGCGCAUCACCAAAGUAGGUGAUCGGUACCUCGUAUUCGAGGUCAGAGAUGUCGCCUCUCUGCGCCGUGACCACUGCAUUUGUGCCGUUUUGGUCGGUACCACACCGCAAAACCCAACCCAAAACCUUUUCUCUGGACUUCCGCUGGAGCUUCUUCCUGAGGAGACGAAGCUACUAGUGGACAAGGGCGUCGCCUAUGUCGUGGACGACGCCGCAUCUCACCUGGCUCACCUGACAUCUAUGGACACCACCGCCAAGCAUGCUUACCUACAAUCUUUGAGGACGCGACGGCAAAAUAUCUCGCGAGUCCUAGACGAACAAGACGCUAUCAGGAAGGCUGAAGGCGCCAAAAUGAGAGGAAAGCAAAAAUCCAAGCGAAUCCCUGUGAGGUCUGACAGCCCACCAGUCGCCGAGGAAAUCCAGUUGCCCUUGUCCCCUCCGCCGGAGAAGAUAGACGCGGCCUCGGUGCGAUUCACAGCAGCUGCAAAUCAUGAGGAGUCGCUCUUCUCGUCUUCUCAGCAAGGGCGAGGGGAGACUGCCUCCCCAUCUUCCACUGUAGUUGCAACAAGUCGUCAUCUGACGGCGACUACCAGUGUUGACAUGCUGUCAGAACCCAAAGCUUACAGCGUACCUGUUGAGGCCCCCCGUUCUUACCCUUUCUACAAGCAUCUCAACUCAAGAGGCUACUACAUCACUCCAGGCAUACGUUUCGGUGCGGAUUACAGUGUCUAUCCUGGUGAUCCCUUCAGGUACCAUGCACACUUCAUGGCUACAAGCUUUGGGUGGGACGAAGAAAUCACUCUGCUAGAUCUUGUUAGUGGUGGUCGUCUGGGCACUGGUGUCAAAAAGGGGUUUUUGAUAGGUGGCCAGGCUCCACCAGAAGAGGCAAUAGGAAGCCAACAAGAUGCUGAUGAAGAUAGGGUGAGGACGUUUACGCUCGAGUGGGCUGCCAUGUAG